GAAUCUUUGGACAACGCUUUUGGGGUUUCGUUUGGGCCAGUGCUAUUCGAAACACACGUGUAAGGCAAACUCACAGAAUUCUCUGCAACCGUUCACAUUGUGACGGUGUGCGGACCAUCAUGGAGUACUUACAAGAAGAGCAGGUCGAAUCCGCCGCAAACAGAAUAUUAUGUUGUGAAUGUGGUGUGGUGAUUGCGCCCAAUCCAGCCAAUAUGUGUGUGGCCUGUCUACGCACUGUGGUGGACAUCUCUGAGGGUAUACCUAAACAAGGCACUUUACACUUUUGUCGAGGAUGUGAAAGAUACUUGCAGCCACCUACUGAAUGGAUUCAUUGCCCACUCGAGUCUCGUGAAUUGCUGUCACUCUGCCUUCGUAAAUUGAAAGGCCUUAACAGAGUUAAAUUGAUAGAUGCUGGCUUUGUCUGGACUGAACCUCACUCCAAGAGGAUUAAAGUCAAGCUGACUGUUCAUGGUGAAGUCAUGGGAGGAACAGUUUUGCAACAAGUAUUCAUCGUUGAAUUUGUUGUUGCCCACCAGAUGUGUGACGAAUGUCACCGCAAAGAAGCUCAGGACUUUUGGCAUGCAUUGGUUCAAGUUAGACAGAAGGCUGAAAAUAAGAAAACUUUUCACUAUUUGGAACAGCUUAUUCUUAAGCACAAGGCUCAUGAAAAUACACUUGGCAUCAAACCCAAUGGAGAGGGCUUGGAUUUUUUUUACCACACCGAAGCUCAUGCUCGUAAAAUGGUAGACUUUCUUGGCACGGUACUGCCUAUUAAAUAUCAACACUCAAAGAAGUUAAUAUCCCACGACAUUCAUAGCAACAACUACAACUACAAAUUCUCCUUCAGUGUGGAAAUUGUACCUCUGUCAAAAGACAGCUUGAUUUGUCUUCCUAAGAGCGUAACUCAGCAAAACGGAGGGAUAAAUCCCCUGGUAUUAGUUCAUCGAGUCACGAGUACUCUGCAUUUUAUUGACCCAGCCACAGCUCAGCUUGCUGAAAUGAAUGCAAAUGCAUAUUGGCGCAAUCCAUUCUCAACCAUUUGUGACCCUAAGCAACUGUCUGAAUACAUUGUGAUGGAAAUGGAAGUAAUAAUGGAAAAGGACAGGAAGACAUUCCCUGGACAAGGUACCAUCUCUAACAAGCAUGUUCUUGCUGAUGUUUGGCUGGUAAAAGCAUCAGAACUAGGCAUAAAUGAGGAUACUAUCCAUACUCGAACACACCUUGGCCACUUAAUCAAGCCAGGAGAUUCUGUUAUGGCAUAUUGCUUGGCUGAUAGCAAUGCAAAUGAUGAAAAUUUUGACAAAUUGAAGCAAGAAAAAAUACCUGAUUUGAUCAUUGUAAAGAAACAUUAUCCUGAUCGCAGUUCCAAACGGCGCCGCUGGAAGUUGCAGCAUUUGGCAGCUGAGGGAGAAUUGUUUGAGAAGAACAGGGACUACCAUGAGUUUUUGGAUGAUCUGGAAGAAGAUCCUUUACUGCGCCAGAAUGUCAACAUUUACAAGGACCCCAAGAACAUCAACAUGCCUGUGGAUGCGGACGAUGCUGACGAUCCCGACGCUCCGGGCAUCACAUUGGACGAAAUGCUGGACGAUUUACAGAUUGAAGAUGAUCCUAUGGAUGAAGGGGAGGGUUCUGAGGACAUGUCCUAAUGACAUGAAAAGUGAAAAAUGUAAAACGGAUACAUUACCAACAUGUUACAAUUUGUUUUGAGUAGGGCAUUGUUUAAACUUUCGGAAUAAAAUCAUAAUUGUUACAGCAA